UGUGGUGAGAGCGGCGGACUGGGAAACGGAAUGGAGACCCAGCGCGGCAAAUUCAAAACAGACAUAAACUGGUUGUUGUUUUUCUCCGUCAGCGACUUAUUAUCAUUCCGAUGUUUGGAUUAGUGUUCGUGACCAUGGGUUUGUUUAAUGGUAGGAAAGGCGUAGCCCUUUGCGAAGAAUUUUUCAGUUUGAGGUAAAUGGAAUGUAAAAUUUCAUGUUUGUGCCUCACCGCCUUUAAGUGUGUUCAUGAGCAAAUCUCCCAGCGCUGAACAGGACUGUUUAAAGCUGUUAGUAGUGUGACUGGCUGAUACUGGGCGUCUCCGAGUUUUCACAGACACCACAGUCUAAUGUGGCUAAUGGAUACCUUGGCUCCUCUGUGGAUAUCGGGGCUCCUGAUUCAGGUGUUAAAUGUCCCUGGCCUGAGCAGUCAGUCCUCUGUCUAUCUACAGGUGGAGUUUUGCUCUUUUCCUCCAAGUUUUGAGCCUCAUACUUACACAUUAUUAUUAGGUAGCAAGGUGCUGAGCAGCAGUGCAGUGUGUGAAAGUGUAUGUGGGUGUGUUAUAGAUGUAAGUGUGCCACAGGGGGCCAAGGAGCUGAGUCUGAAUCUGCAGUCAUACAGACACAUGCAGCUGCUGGACAGCAGAUCAUUCCAGCUGGUUCCUCUGAAGAGCUCCUUUCUGAAGGUGGAAGUUUCUUCUACCAGCGCUCUGUUGAGCUGGACUGGCUGGAGUAAAGGCCAAGCACUGUGGAUAUGUGUAGAUCAGCAGUGUUGGGUCCUCUCCUCCUUUCGGCCAUCCCGUCUGGUAACAGGACUACAGCCUGGAACUCAUUAUGGUGUCACUGUGAGGAAGACAACACAAAUUCCACAUCUCAAUAUGACCAUCACACAGAAACUGCAGCUGGCUAUAAAGACAGGCCAGUGUCCUGUGGGCUGGAUUGCUGUAGGCUGGAGCUGCUUCCAGGUGAAAGCUGGUGGAGGCCUGGCCUGGGCUGAGGCCCAGCAGACAUGUGGGAGGACAGCCCCUGGAGUCCAUCUGGCUAAUCUAAAGACAGAUGCUGAGUUUUUGUCUGUUUCAUCCCAUCUACAAAACCAUAACCACCUGCUGCUCCUGUGGACAGCUCUGAAUGACCGACAGGAAGAGGGUGACUUACGCUGGUCUGAUGAAUCCACAUACAACCUCAGUGUUGAUGUGAUGUCAUCUCUCUCAGCCAAUCAGACAGACUGUUUUGCGCUUCAGAAGAACGCCACUGGACCUGGCUACUUCCUGACCUCUCUCUUGUGUUACUUGCGGCUCCCCUACAUCUGCCAAACAGAUUUGCUGCAGGGCUCCUUCUCUGGACUGCAGUUGGAUAGUAUAUGUGAGACAGAAGCAGUUUUCCGCUGGUUAAAUCUCUCUCAGCUCCUGAGCUCGGCUGCCAGAUCACAGCUCAGUCUGCGCUUUGAGGAGUGGUCUGGGAGGCGAGCACUCACACAUACAGCACUCAUGCACACACAAGAUAGAGUGGGUGUGCAUGGACUCUCCCCCGGACACGUCUAUUACUUCUCACUCAGUCUCAAAAACCCCAGUGGAGCAUCUCAAACACUCGGCCCCAUUUUCAUUGCUAAAACCAGGCCAAACUCUCCACAAAAUAUCACAGUGACAGAUGUCACAUCAAGUCAGAUUGCACUGUCUUGGGUUGCCCCUGACUCCACCCAGAAUGCUGUGUUUGAACAGUAUGUCUUGCGCUGGACGGAUGUAUCCUCUGGCAGGGUGAGGGGCUUGUGGCUGAACAGAGGGAAUCUCAGUGCUGUGAUUUCUGGGUUGGAGGCGUAUCAUGAGUACAAGAUUACUGUGCAGUCAGUCACAGCAGAGGGGGUAGAGAGCUCUGAGGCCAUGCCCCUGACUGUCAUCACAGAGGUCAGUCCCCCAUGCAGUGUAUCAGCAUUGGCUGUGGGGCAGAACAACAUGACUGUGUGCUGGGAACCUUUUCAGGAUGAUAACAUUGAUGGGUACCGUGUUCAGCUUCGCCCACACACAAGUCAGGCACGUGCCAGAGAAUUCUGGGAGAACAGCUCAGACUGUAUAACACUGGGUAUGCUUGUGCCCGGUGAGACGUAUGAAGUGGGUGUGGCUGCAGAAAAGGAACCAGAGAGGAUCAGUGACGCUGUUACGUAUGCAGUAGACACAAACAGCAUGGUGCUGUUUGUGCAGAUGCCCAGCAGCGGUCUGUAUGAUGGCCUCACUGUAGCUUACCAGAGGAACAGAACCUGGAUCCCCAUGUCUGGAGGGAGCAGCAAGGUUCUGGUGGGUGACCUGAGUCCAGGAACACUGUAUAAGUUCCAGCUGUUUGCCACCAGCAGAGGCAUGAACAGUGAUGGCUUCAGUAUGCUCCCAGUCAGAACCUGUCUUGCUCCUCCUGUGUGUGUGCGUGCUGGUGUUGUGACAGACAGUUCAGUAGAGGUUCUGUGGGACAGAGCAGAGGGCCAUGGUCAUUCUUAUGAAGCACUCUGUUUGGAUUGUGCUGACACUGCUAUGGUGCAGAAGGUGCUGCAGACUAGAGCAGUGUUUAAGGAUGUGAUCCCAGGCAAGCUGUGUAACAUCUCAGUGCGCACAGAGAAGGAGUCUUUCAGAGACAGUACUGCUGUGUUUCUCACCAUCAGAGCAUCCCCCAGUUCAGUUACUCUGCUACCACCUCAGAGGACAGCAGCAUCUCUUACUGUCAGCUGGAAAGAGGGUCCAGGAGUGUGUGACUCAUUCAUCCUGUCAAUCAGAAACUCCACUUACAACCUGCAGACCAGCCUAAGUGUCUCUGAAGAGAGAAUUUAUCAUUUUGAACAUGUUCCACCUGGGAGUUUUUAUACCAUUGAGGUGAUGAGUGUUAGUGGAGAGAGACACAGCAUUCCUACAGCUGUUACUGUUAACACAUUUCCAGCCCCUCCUGAUGACAUCAUCUUUAUUGAACAAGACCUAAAUGCCAUGUACAUCACCUGGACACGCCCACAUGGCAGAGUGGAUGGUUACAGGAUGCGAUAUGGCCCUGCUACAGAUAUUCCUCUUCUUCACCAGGUCGAUGUCUAUGGCAACAGUCUGAGGAUAAAUGACCUGACCCCAGGAACUGAUUACAAGUUUGAGAUCCAGUCCUUUCUAGGAUCUGAUUUCAGCCAGAGUGUUACCAAAAACACCUCCACUAGGCCUGCAGGCUUGUGUUCACUCACUCUAUCACACAUCAACUCCUCGUCUGCCACACUGGUCUGGGACACUGCUGCUGGCCAGUUUGACUUCCACAAGGUGACGGUCAGUAACAUCUCACACCACUGGACAUUCAACGUGAGCACACACACUCAGGAGUACACGCUGAGCAGCCUGCGGGAUGGAUGCUCCUACAAUGCCACGGUGGAGCGGGUCAGAAACGCACUUAGAGGGGCAGCUGCCACUCUCACCAUACACACAGUUCCUGCUGGUCCUCAGGAUGUGUGUGUGGUCAGUGUGUCUCCUCAUUCAUUCUCCAUCUGCUGGCUGCCAUCCUCUGGAUGUGAUCAGCAGUAUUUGGUACAGCUCAUCCCAGACCAUGGCAAUGUCACCAUGACAACCACAGCAGACGGUCAUUUACAGGCCAAUGUGUCCAGUGUGAGUCCAGGAACGUCAUACACUGUAACAGUCAGUGCAGUUGCCUCCUCAGGUCUAAGCUCUCCUGUCAGCCGGAUAGUUACCACCAGUGAAUCUGUUCCUCCUGCUCCCUCCAAACCAGAGGGAGAGCGAGUGGGGUCCAAUGGAAUCCUGCUCUCCUGGCGGAUGCCGCUGCCUCCUGAUCCUACUAUCAAUUCGUUCAUCAUCAGAUACAAGGAGGUGUGUCCACACCCUGACCCCUCCUUUACUGAGGUCGCUAAAAACCUGGACAUUCCAGAAACACUGCUGAACACACUCUCACCUGGAGCCACUUAUAACAUUCAGGUUGCAGCAGUAAACAAAGCAGGGACUGGACCUUUUAGCCAGUCACUUUACUUCAAAACUGCAGAGGCCCCUCCUGGUCUGGUGACGAACCUCACAGCCUAUGCUCAGAAUCACUCGUCAGUGCUUGUGACAUGGUUUCUGCCUGUACGAAUAAAUGGACUCAUCACCAAGUUUGCAGUCAAAGCCAAACAUGCCCGAACAGGGCAGACAGUCCGGACCCUGGAGCUCAACGCCGAAGACAUCAUGAACGGAGCUCUUCCUCAUUGCAAUGAUGCUGCAGAUAUUUUGUCUCGAGGAACUCCCAGCCCAUCUGAGUCCUCCCUGAUGACUUCUGCAGCACUGCCCCCAGUCACGCUGUCAGCCAUUCCUCCGGCCUCCACCUGGAGUGUGCCGAUCAGUGUGAGAAUGGACAAACUCCGCCCCUACACAGCUUAUGUGUUUGAAGUCUCUGCCUUCACCAGUGAUGGAGAGGGUCAGAUUGCCAGCACUAUGGUCCGCAUGCCAGAGGCCGCCCCUGAGGAUUCACCACAGAAUUUGUCAGUGUGGAACAUCACCUCUAAAUCUCUAUCUUUGUCCUGGGAGCCUCCAACCAUUAUCACUGGGCGCUUCAGUUAUGUCAUCCAGCUCUACGGGCCAGCAGGUUUUAUUAGUGAAAACAAUACAAGUGAGCAGACAUUCGUGUACAUGGGAUUAACUCCGUACACAGCCUACCGUGUCAGUGUUAUGGCCAAAUCAGCUGGAGCCACAGGACCAGCAGCAGAGACCAGCAUCUCAACGCCUCCAGAGACUCCUGGUGCAGUAUCAGAUCUGAGAGCAGCAGCGGUAGACUCCACGUCUGUGCGUCUGUCCUGGGGAAUCCCCAGCCAACCUAACGGACUCAUCACUCGUUAUCGCAUACAAGUCCUGUACCAUGAGAUACUUGUGCAGGACAUCACCCUGCGAAGACUAAAGGAUGCAAACAAGACUGGAGAAAGUGGUGGCUCUGCACAUCCACCCCCUCCCAGCUCUGCCCAGCCACAGCCCUCCACCAGGGCAGCGGUCAGCGGUAUAACCUACCAGCCCCGCCCAUCCACACAAACAGCUGUAACCAGCUGGAUUGAGGUUCUUCCACCCACUGAAGAAGUAGUUGAUCUGUCAUCUGAUCACAUCUCCUAUGUGGUGAGGAGACUGAGUCCUUUCACUGAGUAUGACUUCAGUGUGGCUGCCUACACUAUCAUUGGAGAGGGACCUGCCACAGUAAUCAGAGAGAAAACCACAGAACAGGUUCCCAGUUCUGUUCAAGACGUGUCCUAUCAGAACAUUAGUUCCACUUCUGUUCUCGUGAGCUGGAGUCCACCUCUGAACCCCAAUGGGAAGAUCACACAUUACACGAUCUAUUUGCUCAACCUGCACAGCCAUGAAGCCCAACAGAAGCUCACAAAUGCCACUAGCAUAGUCCUCAUAGGUUUGAACAAAUACACACAAUACAAGCUGCGUGUGGCUGCGUCUACUGCAGUAGGGGAGAGCCCUCUGUCUGCUGAGGAUGAUGUCUACGUAUUGACACCUGAGGAUGUGCCGGACUCUCCUCCGCAUGAUCUGGCUGUAGUGAACACCACCUCUUCUACUGCCACAAUCACCUGGUCUCCUCCUGACAAACCGAAUGGCAUCAUUCGCCAGUACGAAGUCUCAUACGGCAAUGCCACCUACAGCCAUGUAGUCAACAGCACCGUACCCAGCAUCACACUCCGCAACCUGAAGCCUUACACUUACUACAGCGUGACUGUACGAGCGUACACACAGCUCGGCCAUGGAAACCAGACCUCAGAAACCUUGCAGAUGCUGUCUGGAGAGGAUGUCCCUGGCAGUCCUUCAUACGGACUGGCCUAUGAGAGCAUCAGCUCCAGUGAGGUGAAUGUGUCAUGGUCAGCCCCUGUUGUACCCAACGGCCUCAUAUUGUACUACAUCGUGGAGUACUGGAACACCACACACACCCUUAACGUCACCACACACUUUCCGUUCACUCUCCUGACCAACCUGCGCAAGUACGCACACUACCGCCUCAGUGUUCAGGCAGCCACCCGGGUUGGCUUGGGCAACCACAGCAGCGAGAUCCUCAACAUCACCACCCUGGAGGACGUGCCAAAUGGUCCAGUCCAUAAUCUCUCAGCUCAGCUCUAUGGCUCUACAGCUGUAGUGAUUAGUUGGGAUCCCCCUCUGGAGCCCAAUGGUAGAGUCUUCUACCAGCUGAGCUUGCAGGAGGUGGGCGUUACCCAUCCCUCCAUCAACCGCACAGACAACCGCACCAUCACCAAGACCACCACCGACACAGUCUUCCUCUUCACCAAACUCAGGAAGUAUUUCCCUUAUGUUCUCCAUGUGAUCCCAGCAACCAGUGCAGGCUCCGCUCUAAACCACACCUCUGUCCUGCACCUGAGAACAGAUGAUGACAUUCCUAGUUCUGCUCCAUUGCUGGGUAUGAGCAGGAACCUCUCUGCCACCUCUAUGCUGGUGUCGUGGUAUGCCCCUAUUGAGCCCAAUGGGGAGAUAACAGAAUACGCUGUAGUUCUAAAUGGUCCUAGAGGUUCCAACAGCUCAUACACACCUGAUACCCAGCUCAUUCUCACAUACCUUGUCCCAUAUACGCCCUACAACCUCUCAAUCUCCGCAGUGAAUCGCAGGGGCAUGGGCCCUUCCCUCACUCUGGCUCUGCACACUGAUGAAGCAAGUCCAAUGUCUCCACCACGAAAUCUGAGUAUCUUUAACCACUCUUCUGACUCAGUGUGGCUCCACUGGGAUCCUAGUCUGGAGCCCAAUGGCCUGAUUCAACAUUACGGAUUCAAAAUAGUGGAGCUGAACACGAACACCAUUACAUACCAGAAUUCCUCGGAUGCCUCCACUCAGGCAGAAUUAAGUGGCUUCAAACCUCAUAGCUCAUAUGAGAUAAGUGUUUGUACUUACACAAGAGCAGGCAAUGGAGAUUUGUACAGUCUUCCAGUUACCUUCACUACCAAUGAGUCAGUGUCCGAGGCGGUUGGGAAUCUGACCUGUACAGGCUUGGAUUGGGAUUCAGUGUAUAUGGAAUGGGAGCCUCCAGUUAAUCCCAAUGGAGAGAUCCUACUGUACCUCAUUAGCUCAGCAGAUCGGAAGGAGGAGGUGUAUCCUUUAACACCCACGCACACACUCACACACACGUUCAGCAGCCUGCAGCCCAAUUCAUUCUAUGUGAUCUCUGUGGCUGCAGUUAACUCAGCCGGACCAGGAGAGGACGCUAACUGCUCAGCUCACACACUCCCAGAAUCAGUUCCUGGUCCUCCACAGUUCCUCUCUGUGGUGAAUAUUAGCUCUAAUACUGUGACUCUGCGCUGGCUCCGUCCUGUUAGAGUUCCUGGGCUUUUGCAGGGUUACAGUGUGCAGAGGCAGCGUUUGGGACAGUCAUGUGAGGCGGAGGAGUAUCCAUCCUGUGUGGAGAGUGAGGUUGUGCUGUCUGUAAAGGGGACAGGAGAUGAGGAGAGAGUCACGCUGCAGUCUCUGCUUAAAUACAGACGCUAUCGCAUCAGAGUGGUAGCACUCACCAGUGCUGGAACAGGAGAGCCUACCGGAUGGAUCUACAUACAAACACUUGCAGGCAACCCUGAUGCCCCUCCUCGCGCUAUCUCAGUAGUUCCUUCCUCCUCUGGAAUGAAAAUCGAGUGGAGUGAACCAACAAUCAUUUCAGGGCCCACCUCCUACCUCGUUGACGUUGUUGCUUUGGAUGGUUCGGGUCGCAAUAUGAGUAUCGUGAGACAGUCAGGAGAAAUGAGGACAGUGGUUAUUGGAAAUUUGACUGCGUUUACCCAGUAUUCAGUUACUGUCACUGCCUUUACUGGAGAUGUGGCUGAUGCUCACAGAGAUGGCAUGGCCUCUGAGCCUGUUCUCAUCAGAACACUGGAGGAGGAGCCAAAAGAUCCACCCAAAAAUGUGACCCUGACGGUGAUUCCGGAGGAGGUGACUCGAGUAUACAUAACAUUCCUUCCGCCAGAUGAGCCUAAUGGGAAUAUCAGUGCCUACCGUGUUUCCAUCUACCGUGAUGGACAGCUUGACUUCCACAUUGACAGCGUGCAUGUGAUUAGCAACCCAAACAAGACCAUGACUGCUGUUAUAGAGGGGCUUAAGGGGGGCUUCAACUACAGCAUACGGAUAGCUGCAGUAAAUGGAGCAGGUUCAGGGCCUAGCUCAGAAGUUCGGGUCACCACAGAGAUGAAAGCCCCACCUACGCCAUCUAAAAGGCCAAUGGUGGCUCUGAACAGUGCAGGUGUUGUCAUGGCAACAUCUAAAACCAUCACCAUCGAGAUGCCUGAGUGUUUCUUCUCUGAUGACAACGGUCCUAUUCAGAAAAUUCAGGUCAUCAUCUCUGAGCCCGCAGUGAUGGACUACAGUAAUGUGUCUAACUGGAAGAGCGUAUUUCUCCGUUCUCCUGCCCCGUACGUGACUGAUGAUGGCUUUCCUAACCCGGAAUGCCCUGAGAUUCUGGGCCGCAUGGGCGCAGACAGCAGCACUUAUGUUAUAGGGGCAGAGGAAGACUGCUUCUCUGAGGAUGCACAGACACUCUGCAAUGGACCCCUCAAACCCAAAACUUACUAUGUAUUCAAAUUUCGUGCAACCAAUAUCCUUGGCCAGUACACAGACUCGGUGUACUCAGAGCGGGUUAGAACUGCAGAUGACCACCUUUUGACUCGAGAUGAGCAGAUCAUCCUGGGAGUGCUUUUGUCUUUUUUUCUGGCGUUAUUUUUAAUCUUGAUUAUAUAUGCAUCUGUGCGGAUCCAUCAGAGACAGAAGGAGGGUGGGACCUAUUCCCCACGGGAGGCAGAGAUUAUUGAGACGAAGCUGAAGCUGGAUCAGCUAAUUGCAGUGGCUGACAUGGAGCUAAAAGAGGAAAAAAUCAACCGGUACUCCUCCUUUUUCUUUAGGAGGAAGGAUAUAUUUGUCAUCCAGCUGCUCAGUUAUAGGAAAUCCCUCAAGCCAGUCAGUAAGAAGGCUUUCCUUCAGCAUGUGGAGGACCUUUGUGCCAACGACAACGCCAAGUUUCAGGAGGAGUUUGCUGAGCUGCCGAAGCUGCUGCACGAUCUGGCUACGUCAGACGCUGACCUGCCAUGGAACCGUUCAAAAAACCGCUUCACAAACAUCAAACCCUAUAACAAUAACAGGGUGAAGCUGUUGUCUGAGCCGGGCAUUCCAGGUUCCGACUAUAUCAACGCUAGUUUUGUCUCAGGCUACCUGUGUCCUAAUGAGUUUAUAGCCACUCAGGGUCCUCUGCCAGGCACAGUGGCUGAUUUCUGGAGAAUGAUUUGGGAGACCAGGACCAAAACUAUUGCCAUGCUUACACAGUGCUUUGAAAAGGGUCGGAUUCGCUGUCAUCAGUACUGGCCAGAGGACAAUAAGCCAGUCACUGUAUUUGGGGAUAUCAUCAUCACAAAGCUAACAGAGGAUGUGCAUCCUGACUGGACGGUCAGAGCACUCAGAGUGGAGAGGCAUGGAGACUACAUGGUAGUGCAUCACUUCAACUACACUUCCUGGCCAGAGCAUGGCGUUCCAGAAUCCAGCUCCACACUCAUCCAGUUUGUCAAAGCUGUCAGGUCAAACAGAGGCCACGACAACACAACCAUCGUAGUGCACUGCAGUGCUGGUGUGGGCAGAACUGGAGUGUUUAUAGCUCUAGAUCACCUGAUUCAGCAUGUGAGAGACCACGACUUUGUGGAUGUGUAUGGGUUGGUGGCGGAGCUGCGCAGUGAGAGGAUGUGCAUGGUGCAGAACCUGGCUCAGUAUAUGUUUCUGCAUCAGAGCACUCUAGAUCUGUUGACCAGCAAAGGUAACAGUCAGUCAAUCUGGUUUGUCAACUACUCAGCUCUGGAGAAAAUGGACUCACUGGAUGCUAUGGAAGGUGAUGUUGAGUUGGAGUGGGAAGAGACAACAAUGUAAAGGUUGACAUUGAUUCUUAUGAACUUUGUCUGUGCUGACUUCACUGACAGCUGAGAGACACAGAACAAAGGGAUGAACCCUGAAUGUAGACUACUGGGACACUGUGGCCAAACACAGAGGACACAAAUCCUGUAACUGACGGUUUGCACACAUAUAGACUGUGUGUGAGUGUGUGUGUUGUAUACUCAUUUCAUACCUUCACCAAAACUUCCUCUUUACAAUACAAUUGCAAUACAAUACAAAAUGAAAUAGGAUGAUCACAUUAUUAGUACAGUACUGUGCACAAAUUAGAGACCACAUAUCCUUCCAGUAUAAUUACAAGCAAUUCAUUGUUCAGUGACAAGAAAAGAAGCUCAGUCUUGGAAGUUCAGUCUUGGUUGCAUUUUCUGUUUCUCACCAUCCAAGUAAUCCCAAACACAUUCAGUGAUGUUGAGGUCUGGACUCUGGGGUGAACCGCCAAUUGU